AUUACGAAAUCACAACUUAAAAAGGUGCUCCACCCUUGUGAAAAGUAGACAACUUUAAUGCAGCCUAUUUACCAAACAAAGGAUAACGACUACAAAUAUGGAUCCCAUAUUUUCUCACCUUCUCUUUCUGAUAAUCACUCUCUCUUUAUUUGCAGGAAGAGGUAAUGCGGAGAAAGCACGGGCAUUGUUUGUAUUUGGAGACUCUUAUGCCGACACGGGAAAUCGCAAUCCAUACAAUCAAAGCGUAAACCAGCCAUGGAAACAACCAUACGGUUUGACCUGGCCUGGAUAUCCCGCAGGCAGAUUUUCUUCUGGAAAAAUCCAGACAGAUUUUUGGGGGGAUAUUUUAGGGCUUCCUGUUCCCAUAGCUUAUGAGCUGCUGAAAAGUCAUGAGUGCAAAGCAACUGCAAAGAAGAUUAGACAAGGAGUGAAUUUUGCUGUUGGAGGCAGUGGAGUAUAUCAAGCCUUCGGUUUCAUAACAGUACCGCAACAGGUGAAGCAAUUUAAGAAGCUGAUAGGAAGAAGUCACGGGUUCGAUUCUCACAAGCUCUCGCGAUCUGUAGUUCUGAUUUCUGUGGCUGGAAACGACUACGGCGCAUUUCUUUCUAGAAGUAACGGUUCCAUUGAGGGACUGAUCGAUCUGGUGAAACCUGUGGUAAGCGGGAUAGUGGACGCUAUCAAAGAUCUGUAUGAAUCCGGGCUUAGGAAUUUUGCGGUCAGUAAUAUUUACAGUUUAGGGUGCAGGCCUCAGAUCGGCAAAACAUUCUGUAAUUCAAUCUACAAUGAAAUUGCAGCUCUUCAUACGAAAUUACUGUGGGAGAGCAUAGAAUGGCUCCGAUCGGAUCUGAAGGAAUUAUCUAUCAUAAUUUCAGACUUGUCGUCUGCAAUUACUCAUAUUUUCUCGAAUCCUAUGCAAUAUGGUUUUGUGGAUUUGUUCGCUCCUUGCUGUACUGCAAAAGGUGGGGUUGGUCUGUGUGGGGAGGUGGACCAGGUAGGAAGGCCUUUAUAUGAAGUGUGUUCUGAGGUGGAUGAGAAGUUUUACUGGGAUUAUAUUCAUCCAACUCAGCAAGGAUGGAAAACGAUUAUGUCGCUUUACAGUAAUGCAGUAUUAUUAGAAGAUAAUACCACAAUGAGUUUUAUAGAGGGGGCGCCAAAUAUUAUCGAGUGGCUAAACUCACUUGGAUUCCUUGGUUAAUAUCUCGUAGUAAGCAUAAACAAGCACCACCUAAAUAAACUUUUUGUAGGCCUUCCUUGAUUUAUAAAUGGUCUUGCAACGUGGCCUCCUGUAUGCUUAGGUAUGUUGAGUAUUAUUAUAUUUUCUAUUAAUUUUUUUAAGAAUCUUCUCUCCUUUGGAAUCAUAUUUUUAUUUCAUUAAAAGGACAUAUUGAAGAUA